GUUUUCCAAAAAAAAAUGCUCAAAGAAGUUGGCGCCAAAUGAAGAAUUUUUAUACAUUUGCUCAUAAAUAUUGGCACACAGUAAAGACUGCUGAAAUCCACCUUCAAGACAAAGAACUAACUUUUGUUGUAUGUAGUGUACUUUAUUAUCUUAUCAGUCAUGAGGAUGUUUGGAGUGACGUAGUGUCUCGAAUUUCAAAGGAAACAAACGAAAAGUUGGAAGAUAUUUUUAAAAACUAUCUGAUCAAAGAGAACAAAGACAUUCAGUCAGUUGGUAAAUGGUUGAACCAAACAGCUGCUUGGGAAAACUGGUUUGCACCUCUGCUGUCUCAACUAAACAACCACACUUCUUCGUUGUGCUUGGAAGAAGUGUAUCUAUUUCCAGCUUGCUUCGUAUUGCUUCAUAAAAUCGAGUUCAACAAAGAAUCUUUCCAAAUUUGCGUCAUGAAAGAUCAUUAUAGUCCCAAUAAUGCCUUCCAUAUUGUGAAGGAACUUGUUGAAAGAAUUGCAUCUCAUCUACAAGCUUUGGAAAAACCGGCUUCUUGGAAAUUGACCUUAUUCAUCAAUUUAUUGCGAAGCAUGAUGUGCUAUCAAAAUAUCGAUUUCAUAUAUUCUAUUAUUGCUCCAGUUUUACAAAGGGUGGCACUGAGUGACUUGAGAAUUUUCCUAUCAACAGAACCGAAUCGAAAAGAAUGGAAUAAAUUUCUGGAGACUUAUAGAAUACCCAUCGCCAAUGCUACAAAGAAUCAUCAAUAUUCCUUUAUCAAGUUGACAUUAUCUCAUUUCAUUGACUUGGUUGGCGUAGUAACUGUGGCCUCUCCGGAAAAUCUUCUGGAAAACGAAGAGGAAUUGGAGAAUAUGAGCACUUAUUUGCUUUGGUUUUAUUUUUCUUUGCAAAACUCUGCCAUGGGAUUGUAUUUAGCCAUUUUUAUCAUUUGCUUCUCGGAUUCAGAAUGCAGUGACUCGAUAGAUCCUUGGAAGCAUUGUUUGCAAAAAUUGAAAGAGUUUCUGAUGUUCCAAUGUAAAAAGUAUAGCAUAUCUUUAGGUAGAUGUUGGAAAUUAUGUUUCCUUGUUUUGCUUAGAAUUUUGGAGCUUAUGAGAAAGCGCAGAAAAGGGCCACCGUGUCCAUCCGAAGUUUCUUUACGUCAAUUGAUAUUAACACAUUUAUCAUUUUGGAAGAAACUUACUGGCACUGACUGUUGUUUUCCAGAUAUUUCAUACUUGAAUGCUCUAAUGGGUAACAAUCUUUGUAUGAUUCCUCCUUCGUGCUGCUAUCCUUCUACGAUAAGUUAUCUCUGUUCUUUGUUCACUAUUUGCAAAGCAGAGUUGGCAUACAAAAUGUACUCAGCAUUGAACGUACAUAAGGAGAGGAUACGAACAGAACGAAGUUUUAUCUUUUCUGUUACUCAUUUGGAGCAAAACAGACUUUUAAGCCGUCAGAUAGAGAAAGGACAUUUGCUGUUUUCCUAUAAUGGCCAAGUGCGUUUCCUCGGAAGUGAUGAUGAACUUGCCAGAACCAACUCUUUUGGAAGAUUGGGUGCCUUAUUCCUGUCUAAUGCAAUGGAUAACUUUUUGGAUAGUAGCGACUCUUUGCAUUGGAAUGAUAUUCAGUGGAUUGGCCUUUGUUAUUCUGCAAGAUGGAAGAAUGACAAGCAAGGAAACCAAAGUUCUUUGCGGAAAUUUUCUGUUACAUUUGUCUCCAAUGAUCGGAUGGACUGGAUAGAGACUGAAAAGGCAAUGUAUUUGAUAUGUUUGGAAGCUCCAAACGAUAUACAUCAAGAAGUUUUGGAAGAGCUUUAUGAUUGGUACACUUUGUCGAUUGCCAAUUUGGAUGAUGACCAACACCAAGAAGUAAUACCCGAGUUUUUCUCCAGUAUUCUGACGCAGGAUUCUUUUUCGUUAUCGGAAAGCAAAACAUUAGAUAUGCUCGUAAAUGAUGAAACUCAUCAAGAAAUAUGUCUGUAUCCGUUUAUACCCGAUGCACAAGGACUUCUUUCUAGUCUUGCUUCCAUUAUCCCUGGCUUUCAACUUGAGGUAGAUGAAAAUUUUCGUUCUUUCGUUUAUCUACGCAAAUUAGGUGAUACUUUUACAAAUACAUCUUGUUCUUUUGUUGUUUCCGACAAGUUUCAUAUACCUCAUGAAACAUCAUUUGCCUAUUUGUACGAGGCUCAAAAGGCAGCACUUUGUGCAAGUUGGUUGCAACGACUGGUUCUUAUUCGAGGACCUCCUGGAACUGGCAAAACAGAAGUUGCUAAUUGCAUCAUUCGAUUCUUCUUGCAAAAUAGAUUUGUUGACAGGCAGCAGGAAGAUAAGAAUGCUUCAUCUUCUGUUCUGAUGAUCGUAGCUCAAUCAAAUGAAGCAGCUGAUCAUUUGGCAAAAAAGGUUCUUCAGAAAUGUUAUCCUAAAGAACAUUGCUACCCAGGAAUAGACUUGUGUACUCAUCGUUCUGUCACAACAUUACAUCCUCUCCUUCAGCCCAUCUUAAGAUUGGGAAGGCAGUCCAAUGACAAGGUUAUCAGACAGCUUACAUUGGAAGGUCAUUAUUAUGUGAUGAAGGAGUUCCGGGACAAAUUGUGGAAACACCUGUCAGAGUUUGCCAAGGAAUAUGGACAAUAUCAGCAUUCUAAAGAGGACAAUUGGUUGACCAAUCUUUGUGAGGCCAUUGAAGACUAUGAAACAUGUCCCUAUCUAUUGAGUAAAUACUUGGAUCAGAUAGGUUUAUCUUGGUUAGAAGCAACGAUUCAGAAAUACUCCAGCAAAGAAGAAAUGGAAAGGAGUCGAAAUUGGAAGCGAAUAGCUUUACUGAGAGAUUGCAUUUUGCUUACAAAAUGUGAUUCUCUACUACGAAGUUUUCAUCCACGUUUUUCUGUUUAUUUCAAAGAGUUGCUUUCUCAUUGUCAGUUGGUAAUAACUACCUUUGCAUCUUUAAUGAAAUAUGCAGAACACUGGCCUUCUGAUGGACAUACCAAAAUAGUGGCUGCUAUAGUAGAAGAAGCUGCUCUAGUUACGGAAUGGAAUCAGUUUAUUUUAUUUGCCAGAUAUCAACCAAUACGAACGAUUCUGAUUGGCGAUGAUUUGCAGUUAGCUCCUAUCGUCCAGUAUCGCUCCGCAAACAAUGACAUUUUGGAACAGCUAUCUUCACAUCAGGUUUCAUUAUUUUCCAGAUUGAUUCAUUUGAAGUUUCCUUUUAUUCAGUUGGAAGAACAAGGACGAGCUGCUCCUUGCAUUGCUGAUUUGUAUCGAUUUCGUUAUCAAAAAACAGAAGCCACUUAUCAUACGGAUGGAGUAACAUUCAAGCAAAAUGUAUUGAAUGAUAUUUAUCAAGAUAAUCAUUUCUGGAUGCCACAGGGCAUUUGUAGUAGAGUUUUAUUUCUUGAUGUUUCCAAUCCAACCAUCAACGAAUCGUCUCUCUCAGAUUCCCCUUAUGAAAAUCCCAUGGAAGCCAAAGCCAUUGCCCAGUUUUUGCACUAUUUGCAUUAUUGGAAUGUUUCUUGGAAUCGUAUUGCUGUGUUGACUCCUUAUAGGAAACAGAAGAAAUUACUGAAACAUGUCUUUCUAGUUUACUUUCAAAGUUUUGCUUCAAAUGAACAACAUUCAACAACACUGCAUGAUCAACCAGUAUCCAUCUUCACGACGGACGAAUUUCAAGGCAAAGAAAAGGACAUCAUUCUUAUCUCAUUGGUGUCAAGUUCUCUGUUAACGGGCCACUUGAGAGAUGAAAGAAGAAUCAAUGUUCUUACGAGUCGCGCUCGAUGUGCAAUUUAUUUAUUCGGCAAUUAUUCUGUGUUCCACAAACAUCAAGAAUGGACGACCUUAUUGGAUCAAAUAUCGUCAUCACAUUUANAAAUGCAGGAGACUCGCAAUCUAUCUGUGUUUGGAAACGCAAAGAUGUAUUCGUAUUACUCGAAGAAUGGUUAAAAGAACAAAGCAAGAAACAAAAGGAACCUUUG